UUGCAUUUGUUGUUCUUACAAAAAAACACACAAAAAUUUCAUCAUUCAAUUCGAAAGAUUUAAUUUUGUCAAUUCAAAUGUGUUGUUUUGACCCGAAUGGUGAAAUUGAAUAUUAAUAGAUUUUAAUUAAUUGCAGUAAUUGUACCAUUUGGCAAGCGAAUUUGAUAAAAAAGAAAAAACAUGGCAUUGCCAUACUGUAUUAUUUGUCACAAUACGUUCAUUGAAACUGAAGAAAUUGCAUCAACACGUUGCGGUCAUGUCUACCAUGUCGAAUGUUUGAACGAAUGGUUCCAAUCAUCGAAAUCGUGUCCCCAGUGCCGUCAAUUUUGUGAUCAAUAUCAAUAUAAUCGAAUUUAUAUUGAAUUUGCGUGCGAUGAAGAUCUAGCAUGUGCCCAAACAUUGAAAAAAACACAAGCGACUUCAAUCAAUUCGGAUGCGGAGGAGACAAUAAAAUUACUGCUGGAACACAUUGAAACUAGUCCGCCGGAACCAGUGCAAAAGUGCGACAUUGAAUGUGAUAACUGCAAAGAUGUGCUGCAAGCGUUUGAUUGUGCUCAUACGGAUAUGGAUAGAAUGGCCGAACGUUUGGACGAAAAAGAAAAAGAAAACGCCAUUUUGAAUGCAAAUAAUGAAAAUGCCGUGAAACGUAUCGACGAACUUGAAAUACAAAAUCGAGCCCAUGAACACAAUCUUAAAGAGCUGAACGAACGACUUGACACAUCCGAACGCAUUAUGGCUUCAUUUCAAACGGACAAUAUCUUUAAGGACGAUCGCAUUGAUAAUCUCAACGAAAAGCUAGAACAAACAAAGCAACAGGUACAAGAGCUCACAAAUAAACUCAACGAUUUGAAAAUCGAACGGGAAAAUGAAAUGAAUCAGAUCUGCAAAACACUCAAAAAUGAUUUCAAUGGAAAUUUACCAGAAAAAAUUCUCAGGAAAUGCACGCAAAUCAAAUACAAAGCAAAUCAAACAAACGAUAUAAAUGACUGCCAAUCACUUGUUCCAUAUUGUGGAAACGUCCAUGAAUGGGAAUAUAUGAUGAUUCCGGUACUUAAGAAUUCGAACAACCAAUGAAACUUAAUGACAUUCAAAACUAAUAUUGACCAAGUUACAUAGGCAAUUAAUGUCUAUCGAUUAGUUUAAGAUAAGAUUCAUUCACACUUAUCGAAUGAGUGUCUAGCAUUUAAUAUUGUGAUAAAAAAAUGUUUAGGUGAAUUGCGCGUUAGAAUGAAUAAGUCAAGCAAAAUAUGUAACAAUGUUGCUGAAAUCAAACAAGGUUUUUCGCUUAGUCUUCAUUUUGAUAAAAAAAAAGUGCCUAUACAGAUAUUAGCCAAUUCCAAAACAAUUUAUAUAAAAAUAGUCACGUCGUAUGUUCGUAAAAUAUAUAAGAUUAAAUUCUGAAAAAAUUAAAUCUGUUUGUAUAAAUUUUUUGUUGAUAAAGUAAUUUAAUCCUCACAUCAAAGAACGAUAAGAAAAAUUAAAAAUAAAGAAUAAAACCAAAUAUUGAUGACCGUU